AUGGCAGCGGUUCUUGUCAAGGAUCAGGAACAACAACAACAACAACAACAACAACAACAACAACAACAGAACAGGAUAGCCCCUGAGCCCAGGUCACCUUGGGAGUGCAACACGCAGAGGAGAUGAGAGAGAACUGAAUAGUACUGAAUAAUACUGAAUAGAAUUGAAUAGUACCACAUUAAUCAUAGAUCGAAGCCAAUCCCAGAGCAUGCUUAGUUUACCAUGAUUGAGCAUGAGAUAGCAUUUUUCUUUUAUUUGUUUUAUUAUUUUGUGUGUAUUUUUUGCUGGUUUCAAUGACAGUGAUUUUUACUUUGGGCUUUAUGGAGUGGAGUGGAGUGGAGCAGCCCUUUGCUUUUAAUGAUCAAAUAAAUUAAAUCAAUCAAACUAAUUUGUUUUUUGCUUUGGUUAAUUUAGCGGAAUGUUAAUUACCUACAGUAUACUGCAGUGGUAUUAUAAUACUAUACUGCUAUUCUAACUGUGAAAGCAAUGCUUGUCUCAGAUCUGCUGCUGAACCUCAUUCAACUGUGCAGGCUUUGAUCUGGUUGCCUCCCAAAUGGCAUUAUAUUACUGCAAGUGCACUAAUUUUGAUGAGGACCCAUAGGACCCAGGUCAAAAGUAGUGCACUGUAUAGGGGAUAGGGUACCAUUUCAGAGCCUCUGUCUCUGUCUGAAUAGUACAAUAUAUGUCACUUAACCUUAAUAUCUUUCUCUCUAAAAGUGAGAGAGAGAGAGAGAGGAUAGAGCUAAGAGAGAGAGAGAGAGAAGCGCGAAUCUCUAGCGCUAGACUCUAUCUCUAUCGAUUUGUAUCUCUCCUAUCCUAUAUAUCUCUCAGUACUCUAUCUCUCUCUCUUCGUCUAUAUUCUCGCAAUCUCUAGAAGGAGCUGUGGUUGUGCCUUGUGGGUGCUAUUACCUAUUACAUACGGCCGCCUCAUGUACUGCUACGCAGAGUUUACAGAGUGAGUAACAUAACACACAGUCCAUCUAGCCACCCAGAUCAGCCACCCAGUCAGAGGGGAGAUCAGCCACCCAGUCAGAGGGGGAGGGAGAUAUCAGCAUCCAGUCAGAGGGAGAGAUCAGUCAUCCGUCAGAGGGGGGGAGAUUUUGUUUUUUUUCUUUUUUUUCAGCCCACCCAGUCAGAGGGGGGGGGGAGAUCAGCACCCAGUCAGAGGGGGAGAUCAGCCACCCAGUCAGAGGGGAGAUCAGCCACCCAGUCAGAGGGGAGAUCAGUCAUCCAGUCAGAGGGGAGAUCAGCCACCGCAGCAGAGGGCGAGAUCAGCCAGCCAGAGUUACAGGCGUGGUCAGGUUUUGAGACUGACCACAAAUUUAAUUUCACAAAGUCUGCUGCCUCAGUUUAUGAUGGCAAUUUUGCAUACACUCAGAAUGUUAUGAAGAUGUGAUCAGAGUAAUAAGGGUUGAAAUGAAGUGAAAAAGGCCCAAUGAGGGAUGGAAUCGGUGUCAAAGAGGGGCAGCGCGAGGAAGCAAACAUGCUCUCAAGGGAAACCAAAACAUCGGGACAAUGCCCUUUUCCAGCAUGAUGGAGCUACCUUGACAUUAAGAAAAAGUGAUUAAACUAAGAGUGGCUCGGGGACGGGACACAAAACCAUUGAUAUUUGGGUCCAUGGACUGGAAAGGGGAGGGAGGAGGAGGAAGGAGGAAACGCCCCCCCCCAGACCUAAUCCCACAUUGAGAACUUUGUGGUCAACUCCUCAAGAGGCGGGGUGGAACAAACAAAAAAACCCACAAAUUCUGACAAACUCCAAGCAUUGAUUAUGCAAAGAAUGGUGCCAUCAGUCGGGGCGUGGCCCAGAAGUUAAAACUUGGACAGAAUGCCAGGCGCGGAUUGCCCAGAGGUUUGAAAAGAAGGUCAACACUUGCAAAUAGUGCUCUUUGCAUAAAACUUAAUGUAAUUGUCAAGAAAAGCCUCUUGACAAGUAUGAAUGCCUGUAAUUCUACUUCAGUAUACCAUCAGAACAUAUGACAAUAAAUAUCUAAAAACACUGAAGACAGCAAACUUUGUGAGACCAAUACUGUGUCAUUCUCAAAAACUUGUUGACCACGACUUCUGAACAUUAGAAGAUCCAUGAUCAAAUAGAAAAAUUGCAGAGUGAUCAGAGAGAGGAGCGUGAGACUAAGUCUGUCUAGCUCUAUGAGAGCUCUCCGCGAGCGCGAAGAGAGAGAGAGAGAAAAGAGGAGCGAGAGAGAGAGAGCGAGAGAAGAAGAGAGAGGAGAGAGAGAGAGAGAAGAGAGAGAGAGAGAAGAGAGAGAGCGAAGAGAGAAAGCAGAGAGAGAGAGAGAGAGAGAGAGAGAGACGAGAGAGAGAGAGGAAGAGAAGAGAGAGGAGAGAGAGAGAGAGAGAGAGAGAGAGAGCGGACCCUCUCUCCCUCUAUCCCUCUCUCUACUCUCUCUCUCUCUCCUUUUCUCGCUCUCUCGAAUUGCUUCCAUCCUGCCUACACUCACCACUAUAUUGUUUCCUUAAUUGAACCAAACGUACACCAUUGAUUAAAUGAUUCCAGAAGGGAGGAUUCAAUUAUUCCAAAGCUAAGGAAGCACAUCCGAGAUACAAUUAAAACAAAACUUUACAACUGGAUUGUGAUGUCAUGCUGUCGGCAAAAAACUCCAGUCCACCUGAACAGACUGAAAAUAUAAGGCAAUUGUUUUUUUAAAGCUCUAAACUAAAAAGGACAUUAUCAUAUUUUCACAAUACAGGUGUUUAUUUCAACAUCAUAGAGUGAAAAUAUCUUUCUUUUUUUUAAACAGGAAAAUCUAGUUUUUGAGUGCACUGCCACUUUAAGUGGUGUACACUCACCAUGCUGAGAGCGCCAGAGGUUCAUCCCCGGAUGACAUCUCCAUGAGAGAAGGCGAGUCUCCUAAUGAACUUUGAAAAGAAAGAGGGAGAGAGGAGAGAAAGGAGACAGGUACCCACCCCUCCCCCCGCCCUCUUCACUCCUCGUGCAUUCCCCAGCUUCUCUUUUACCAAUCAGGGUAGUUUAAACGUCUCUCUUCGAUUUUCAUUCUCAAGACACAUUGUCGCUCCCACCAUGUCAAGUACAGUGAAAACAGGUGGAUAUGCCCCUGCCCCUAUACCGCGAUACCGCAAUAUUCAUCUUAACAUUUGAUCCUCUCACGAAGUUAACAACGGUCCCCAAGCCCAACAGUAAGCGCCAAUUUAGUACUAUGUAGACCCGCAGAUAUCUCUAUUAGGCGAAUGCACACCAACCCUAGACCCCUUCUAGCCAUUUUUGUCGAUGUUAAAGGAGAAGGACCAGAAUAUGGUUCAGUUGGAGAAUACAAGGUUCUACGGUGCCACAUCCCUCAGACAUUCAGUGGCAAGUAAUAGGCAGAGUCCCACAGGAAAGGGAGGACAUACUUACGGUCCGCUUCCUUAAGAAGGAAGCAGCGACUUAACAAUGGACGACUAUGAAGGGAGAAAUGUUUGAACAUCGCACCUACUUUGCAGAUUACAAUGGACGACCAGGGAAUUUAGGAUCUCUAUGAAGGCAAGACAAUAGCCCGCAGAAGUGUUUCGAGAUAGACCUCCUCUAACGUCGCGCCAAACCCUUCUCGACACCUGGCUCUGUUCCUAGAAAGAAGAGACCAUACUCUUCCCUAGCAGCUACCAGGGGGAAGAAAAGGGACCACUCUCCCCUCCCUGACCGAUCCCAGGAGAACACACUCCUAGCCGCAGAUACCCAAGGUCAAAACCAAUCUAGCCGACAUACUCUCACAUCUCCCCGUAGAGGCAGGAAUUCAAGGUAGGAACCAGAGACGACUAGGGGACCAGUAUAACAGUCUCAAGAGAGCAAACAGUUAACAAAACCUUGUAAAGAGCAGCGAUUUCAUUGCUUGUGCAUACGAUCGCUUCGAGUUUCGCAUUUUUUUUCGAUAGAAUUAUUUAUAGCAUCUCAUGGGAGAGUGGUGGCCUAAUUCAGAGAUUGCCAGUCCACAGUAUAUAAGAUGAGACAGAAAAAGUAAAAAAAAAAACAGUGAGACAGAGAAAGUAUUAAAGGUAGUAGUAAGAGACCCAGAAGACCGAGAACACGAUGGGAGUGCUGCUAGGUUAACCACCCCUGCUCAGACUCACCGGGACACGUAAGACGCCGGAAUGUUGUCAUGUAUAACUUUAGGGUUAGGGUUAGGUUUGGUUAGCCUGAUAUGCUUCACAGGUGUACGUCACCCCUUUAUCAUCUGAGACUAGUGCUCAUGUGACACACUGUCUUGGUAGAGGACGGUUAGAAAAACAUCUUGGUCCACAAUCUUGUGGUUUAUUAAGUGGGGAAAAUACCAGCAAAAACAAAUUCUCUUAUUUACAAUGACAUGGUAGUGGACAUGUUGGUAUAAAAAAACACUGAUUCGGUCAUCCUGUACUCAACCACCCCCGCACAACCACCCCCCCCCCCCCCCCCCCCCCCCAAACAAAAAAAAAAAAAAAAAAUAAAAAAAAAAACAAGCAAAAAAGAAAACAAAGAAGAAAAAAAAAACAAAAAAAAAAAAAACAAAAAAAAAACAAAAAAAAAAAGAAAAAAAAAAAGAAAAAAAAAAAAAGAACACAAAAAAAGAAACAAAACAAAAAAAAAAAAAAAAAAAAAUAACCAAAAUAACGAAUAAGAUAAAAAAAAAAAAAAAAUAACAAAAAAUAAGAAAAAAAAAAAAAAGAAAAAAAAAAGAAAAAAAAAAGAAAAAAAAAAAAGAAAAAAGAAAAAAAGAAAAAACAGAAAAAAAAAAGAAAGACGGAAAAAAAGAAAAAAAAGACAAAAAAAAAAAAAAAAAAAGAAAAAAAUAAAAAAAAAAAGGAAAAAAAAAAAAAAAAAACUAAAAAAACAAAAAAAAAAAAAAAAAAAAAAAAAAAAAAAUAUAAAACACAAAAAAAAAAAAAAAAAAACAAAAAGCAAAAAAUAAAACAUAAAAAACAAACACACAAACCAAACCAAACAAAAAAAACACCCAAAAAAAACAAACACAAUAAACAAACAAAAAAAACCAACAAAAAAAACACACAAACAAAAGACAUGAAGAAACAACAAAAGAAAGAAAGAGGACAGAAAAAAAAGAAGGGAAAAAAGAAAACACGAAGCAAAAUAACAAGAACCGGCAAUCAAAAAAAGAAAAAAAAAAAGAAAUUGAAAACCGAAGCGAAAACGACGGACAAAAAAACAGCAAAAAAAAGCACAGAAGAGGGAAAAAAAAGAAGGGAAAAAAACGAAUAGUAAAAGAACCAUAAAAGAGUCCGCAAAAAUAAAAAAAAGAAAAAAAAAGUGAAGAAAACAAGGAAGGGGGAGAAGAAAGGGCCCAAGACAAAAAGAAAUAAAAAAAGGAAGAAAGGAACGUAAAAUAAUAAAAAAAAAGCAAAAAAAAAAAGAAAAACAACAAAAGAAAGGGGGGGGAAAAGAACGAAACAAAAACGCAGAAAAAAGAAGGGAAAAGAACGACUCCACCUCAUCCCACACCUCCCUGUGCUCUCAUCUCACACCCUCCCUGUGCUCCCCUUCAUCCUCCUAAACCACCUCCCCCACCUCCUCACCUCCCCCACCUCAUCCACCUCCUCCCACCUCUCCCACCUCCCGCCACUCCCCCACCUCUCCCACAUCCCCCCACCUCCUCCACCUCCCUGUGCUCCACACUCCCACCUCCUCCCACCCCCUGUGCUUCCCCUCCUCCCACUACCUCUCACCUCCCCGCAGGAAGGAUAUGAUUACUAUCACUACUUCUUCAUGGUGACCAACGUCCUCUUCUACGUGAGCUCAGCCAUCAACCCAGUCCUCUACAACCUGGUCUCAGCCAACUACAGGGAGAUCUUCUUCAACACGCUCCGCUGCUUCUGCCUGCCGUGUCGCCGCAAGAAACAGAGACGUGUUCUGAUCAGACACUCCAUCAGCAUCUGCAGUAACCACACCUUCUCCUCCAACAUCGUCAAGGAGACCGUCUACUGA